AUGGCUGAGACAUCAACCUCAACUUCGACUUCGACCUCGACCUCGACCUCAGGCCCCGCAUCAUCACUCCAAAAUCCAUUUCCACUACCUCGUAUUACUAUUCGAUUCUGUACACAAUGUAAAUGGAUGUUGAGAGCCGCAUACUUUGCGCAAGAGCUCCUCUCAACCUUCUCGACCUCCCUCGGCGAAGUAGCCCUGCAGCCCUCCACAGGCGGGACCUUCGUCGUCGAGAUAUUCUUCCAGCAGCCCAAUACCACCACCACCCCCGAUUCCUCUUCCACCACACAGCAGCGUGUACUCUGGGACCGCAAGACCGACGGCGGUUUCCCUGAGACCAAGGAGCUGAAGCGGCGGGUCCGCGACGCCAUCGAGCCCGGCCGGGACCUAGGACACGUCGACAAGGACUACUCGUCUAGCAAAGCGAAGACCGGCGCGGCGCAGGGGCAAGAAGGCACGACAAGGGAAGGAAGGGUCGGAACGGGAAACGCAACCGCUGCUCCGUCGAAAGCCGAGGACGAAAACACCCUCGGCUUAAAUAUCCACCCGGGAGAAACCAUCGGCGGCCCGUCGUGUAAGCCGGCGACCGAGAGCACGCGGACGAACGCCGCGACGCAGGAGGAGUGCGAGGACUGUAAAUGA